CUGAGUGGCGGCGGCGCGUCACGUGUGCGCGGCCGGGCCGGGCCGGGCCAGUUCGAGGCGCACUGCCCCGGGCACAGCGUGGCUGGCGGCGCCGGCGCAGCGGUGCGACAUGUCCCACCAGACUGGCAUCCAAGCAAGUGAAAAUGUUAAAGACAUCUUCGUUGGAGCCAGAAAUGGAAAAUACAGGAUUUUGAAAAUAGUCAUUGACAAUGAGCAACUUGUUCUGGGAUCCUCUAGGCGGCCACUUGGAUCAUGGGAAAAGGAUUAUGAUCCUUUCGUUCUUCCUCUUCUUGAAGACAAGCAACCGUGUUACAUUUUAUACAGAUUAGACUCUCAGAAUGCUCAAGGAUAUGAAUGGAUCUUUAUUGCUUGGUCACCUGAUCACUCUCCUGUUCGUCAAAAGAUGUUGUAUGCAGCAACCCGGGCAACACUUAAGAAAGAAUUUGGAGGUGGUCAUAUUAAGGAUGAAGUAUUUGGAACAGCAGAGGAUGAUGUUUCACUGAACGGAUAUAAAAAAUAUUUGAUAUCACAGUCUGCCCCUGCACCUCUGACUGCAGCAGAAGAGGAGCUUCGACAAAUUAAGAUUAAUGAGGUACAAACGGAUGUUGGUGUAGAUACUAAGCAUCAAACUCUGCAAGGAGUAGCGUUCCCUAUUGCUAAGGAAGCUAUUCAGGCUCUGGAGAAAUUGAGAAAUAAGGAACUCAAUUACGUGCAGCUGGAAAUUGAUAUGAAAAACGAAACUAUUAUUCUAGCCAACACACUUCAUACUGAACUUAAGGACUUGCCAAAAAGAAUUCCAAAGGAUGCUGCACGUUACCACUUUUUCCUGUAUAAGCAUACUCACGAAGGAGACUAUUUGGAAUCCAUAGUUUUCAUUUACUCCAUGCCAGGGUACACCUGUAGUAUACGGGAGCGAAUGCUAUACUCUAGUUGCAAAAGUCCACUUCUAGAAAUUGUAGAAAGACAAUUGUGGAUGCAAAUAAUUCGAAAGAUUGAAAUAGAUAAUGGUGAUGAGUUAACUGCUGACUUCCUUUAUGAAGAGGUUCAUCCAAAACAACAUGCACAUAAGCAAAGUUUUGCUAAACCAAAAGGUCCUGCAGGGAAGAGAGGAAUACGAAGACUCAUCAGAGGCCCAGCAGAGACUGAAACACCCAGUGAUUAGAAACUGUUGUUUGCAUUAAUUAUAGGGUUUUACAGUAAGAAAAAAUGAAAUCCUGACUUUUGCCAAUGAACUGACACCAUUCCAUUUAUAGAUGCUAGAGAAAAAAAUGUUAAAAAUAUUCUUUCUACUCUCCCCUCUUCUGAACUCAGUACUUCCUGUGUUGUUACACAGUUAUAUUUGUUGACCAUAUUUUACAACACCUGGAAGUGUUAAUUAUUUUAAAGGUAGAAAACUAAGCUAGUACUCUCUUGUUUUAAAUUAGAAUCCAUUAUUUAAUAGCAAUACACGUGAUCAUAAACUUCACAGACAAGACUAUUAAGCCCACAUUUUCUGUGGGUAAGUAGCAGCUGUAUGUGUAGAUAAUGAACCUGUAUUUGUACGAGUAGCCUACUGAAAUCUGCAAGAUUUCACUUGUAUGAAGAGUUGAAGCUGCCAUUGUCCCAGAUAAAUCUUUAUUUUACCUGGUAACUUUCAUGGACAGUAAUGCAACAGAAUGUUUUCUUCUGUUUUUUGAUGUGAUGGAUUGUUGGGUUUGGGUUUUUAUACUACAAAGAUUAAAGUCCAUUAUCUGUUAGUUAAUGCAAGUACUUGUUCAGGAAUAGAUUAUUUUUAUUUUUUCCUGUGCAAAAGGUGGUCAUUUCAAAUUUACAACUAAUUUCAUGGGCUUGUCUCUUAAAGAAAUCUGACACGAAACCACUACAGCUUUUCCAGACUUAAAUACCACUCAUCAGCCU